AUGAGCCUUUUUCGAGCAGAAGAGCCUCUGUUUGAUCCUCCCAAACCGGCAGCUGCUUCUUCAUGGUCGGCUUCUCAUUCGGAAAGUGAUUUUCAUCAUCAGAUCAACACUCAUCCAUCUUCGUAUCCAUUCUUGUACGAAAACGAAAACGAAAAAUUAAAAACAUGUUUACUGAAUUUUCUUUCCGUGCAUCAAUAUGAACUGGCAAGAGCCUUGAUGAUUGAAUAUUUUAAUAAUAUUUCACAAUCAGAUGCGUUAUUCUUAUUGAAUCACUGUAUUGACAAUUUGAAACAUCCGAAGAAUUAUGUCACUUCUCGUUUCAAGUGGUUUUGCUAUUGUGUGUACACUGAAUUAUUACAAUCCAAAAGCUGCACAAUCACUGAUCAUAAGAAGUACAGCACAGAAAUUUUAUCAUUUGAAACUUUACUCGAUUGUUGUGUAAAUACUUUUAAAUUAUCAGAAAAAUUUUCAGCAGAUAUCGUUAGUCAAAUGAAGAAUAUCUAUGCUUUUAGGUUUCUAUCGAGAAGAAAACAAAUGAAGGAUCAAAAUUAUAUCUCCACUCUCUCCUUGCAUUAUUCUACCAACCCUGUGACACAACAAAUCGAGGAUUCAAUACUUGAUCUAUUAAGUGAAAUGUAUGACAAAUGCCCUCAUUUAGCAUCAUAUCUGGAAAAGGAUGUAUUGGAGUGUGUGAACAACAGAUACAUUUUGAUAGAAAAAAUCAAUCAACUACUUAAUAACGAAGAGUUUGAAAAAGCUGCUUACCUGCUACGAUUUAUGCCAAGUAAUUGGUGUGAAGACGUCACCAUUUCAAAAAUGCUAAAAACAAUUCUUACAACUUUAAUAGCCAAAAAGAAUUUACAACUGAGCUCUCGUUCUGAAUUAAUGCUUGUUGAUCUCAUAUAUGAAUCACUAAUUUUUAGCGACACAACAUUGAACUCUUCAUCCUUGGAGUGUAAAAUGCUCAAAUAUUUCUGUCAGAUCGAAGAAGAAAUUCUUUCAGGACAAGAAGGUGCUGUUUCCAAACCUGUAAAUAAUCAAACAUUCUGGAUAAAUUAUAUUGAGUUCGUGCGAGUGACAAAUAGCCACGUUUUUGAGAGUAGACUGACCAAGGCAUUAGAUUUAAUUAGAAGCAAACAGUUUGACGACUUGGCUGCCUUGCUGAAUCAUGAUAAUUUCAGUAGAUUACGCCCAUUAGUGUUACUAUUAAGCUGGGACGAGCUGAAGUGUGACGUGCACAAUUUAAAAUUGGUCAUCGACAAGCUUUGGACAACACAACCUGUUACCGGAUCCUUUACUCACGAUCCAUGGAUUGAGUUUACAUGCAAUGAGCUCGCAUAUUUCAUUGACUUUUCCACAAAUGCCUCUGAGCUUAUUCUAGAGGCAAAUAGGUCUAUGAGCAGUAGUGAAAAGAAGCAAGCGAAAGAGUUGGUCAAGAUUUCCAAAUUCAAGAAAAUGACUGACAUUGAUUUCAAAGGUUCGGACAAGAAGGAUAUAGCAAAUUUAGUAAUUGAGUAUAUUCCCAAGCAUAGCGUUUUGUACUUACUGAUGCCUUGGAUUCCUGCCAUUCGAGAGAAUGAUCUUAUUGAGCUGGUAAGAAAUCGUCCAACUCUAUCCGAUUCAGAGGAAUCAGAGAAAGUUAUUGAUGUAAUACUUAUCAGAGCAUAUUUUGCUGUCCGUGAGACUCUCUUGUUGGUGAGAAACAAAACGCCUUCUGUUGUGAACUCCCUGAAAAGCCUCGAAAACUCUAUUUUGAAUAUCCCCAAACUGGAAUAUCGAUUGAGUGUGUUGGAAACAGUAUUUCAAAUCCUGUUUACCAAGAAUUCAGAUACGCUGAAGCAGGCUACAUCAAUUUAUACAAGCGAACAAAGACAUAUUGUGUCACCAACCAUUUUGGGUAGUUUAUUAACAUUUUUAAAACAAAGAGUUGUAGAGAUUACGAACGAAAAGUUUGAUACAAGUCUAGAAUAUCGAUUGCAAAGGUUUCAAAAUAUUUUGGAUGAAGGCCUCUGGAGAUUUAACCUUGUCAAAUUAUUUGUGACAGAUAUAGAAAAAGCCUCUAACGUUUCUCAGUCUCAUUUUGUGCAGCUAUGGACCGCCUCUCCUUCAGUAUUAUUUAUUGUAGCUAUGAAGAAAAAUCUUUUUGGACAAGCUAAGGAUAUUAUUUCAAGGUUUGGCUUAGGUCUGGAGUAUCAAACUAAAGUGACCAAUGCAGAGCUUAUGCAUGCCAUCCAUACUGAACAUGAUAAGGAGAUACAUGUGCAACAAAUAAUUGAACAGCUGCCAAAUUUUGUGAUACUCUUCGAUCUACUGUUUGCUCUACGAACAGAAAGCAAAGAGUGCUAUCAAUCCUUGAUCAAGAAAUUAAGAAUUUUGGAAAGAAGAAGAACACCUUUGCUUGACAUGUUAAACGAAUAUUUGGAAUUUCCUUAUCAAGGACCAAUUUACAGAGUAUUCAGCAAGAUAUUUAAUUAUAAUAACGAAAAGAACUUAGAAAAACUCAAGCAAAAUAUUGAACUUGAAAGAACCAAGUCUUAUUCACUUAAAGCACUUUGCUUAGCAGAAAACAAAAGAACAUUAGAGAAUAUUGACAUUGCAAACCUAAUAGAAAAUUUGAAAAAUAGAAAUGAAAGAUACAGUUAUAUCUCUUACGUACUGGCAAAAAUAUUAGAGAGCCAUAAGAUUUUGUCCGCCACAGAUGACAACGACCCAUUGGGUACAUUUUCCUUGCUCAGAAAGGGAUUAUCUCGUGUACUAUCAGAAUUAGUGUUUGAAAACGAAGAUUAUGUCACCGCCCAAAAAUUGUCAGAAGAAAAUAGAAUACAUUUGUUAGGAUUUAUUCUAGAGUCAGCUAACAUGAACAAACAGAAACAAACCAUUAGCAUUUCAUUGAACUUAGCAAAGUUUAUUUCAUCGAAAUCUGAAAUUGUAGGAAGCUUGUCCGCUCUAUAUUUCACUGAUUUUUCAACUGCAAAUCAAGAUGUUCUGGAAUUAAUUUCUGGUAACUGCAAACGUUAUGAUAUUUUAAAUCGUUGGAUAGAGAAGAAGAUUGAACCUAUCAAAGAUGCUUUUAUUUUCUCUAAACAGGUUGAUAUUCGAAAGGCGUUGAAGAAGUUCAAUGCGACUGCCAUUGGCCCAGAGAAUGAUGACUCUCUCUAUCUUACUAUUAUUCAAAAUUUAAUUGAGAUUGAUGACUAUGAUCAUGCACUUCAAUUGGCCGAAAAAGGAUUGGCCAAUUUUACUCCUGACUUUUUGUUAAAAUUGUAUAUUGAGUGUCAAAAUGAUCAUAGAACAUGUCACUCAUUGAUUUCAAAGAUCAAAGACAAAGAACUGGCUUUUUCCUUGAUUGAGGUAUACAUGGAAGAAUGGGAUAUUGAUGUCUGCAUUGAAUUGAUAAAAAUGUGUACAAGCUACUUUAUUAAUGAUAAGACCAAGCUAAAACUCUAUGAAAAGUCAAGCAGAAUUCUUGAAAGGCUUUACAUAUUUAAACAAGUCAUGUCUUCAGAGCUGAAAGAAAAUUAUGAAUCAUGGGUUGAAAUGAAGGAAGUAUGUGAUAACAAUCCCUACAGAUUUAUUUCAGAUCUAAUUACUGAAUGCGAAUUUGACUUGGCGAGACGUGCUGCAAAAAAUCUAUUAGAGGGGGUUUCCCAAAACUCCAGCAACUCGGGCGGUGAAACCUAUGAAUCCGUGACAAUUCACAUUGAACAAGAAUAUUGUCUGUACAUGCUUCAAGUUAACACCAUCACGGACAAGAUAAGGACAAAGGUAAUGCAAGCAUUAUCGAGACUGAGCCCAGAAAAUGCUCUAUCGGUUUGCAAACACGUGCUCUUGAGAUUGGAUAUUUAUGAAAACAAGAUGUUUGUUUGUGAAUUUAUUCUCAGUUCUUUCAAGGAGUUGCUUACACCAGAGCAAAUACACUCAUAUGAAGCAACUUUGAUAGGAAUGAAGGUUAUAAGGUUGCUUGAUGACGAAAACAAGAAGAAAUUAGGACACUUGUUGCUUAAACCCACACUGAUCAUUGAAAAUUUAAUUAUUCUCAAUGAAAUUGGAAGAGUGGCCAAGAUACUAUCCGAAAUUCCAGAGCUCAGAGAGGAUCGUUUACUUGUAGAAUAUGGCUUGAAAGCUCUCUCUUUGAAAAACUUUGAUCUUGUUUUCCAAGAAGAGGCCAAGAAAAAGACAUCACGCACGUUUAGUAGUGACAAUGAAGAACAUAAUGCUGCCAUCAGAAAAUAUUUCACCUUUCCACAAGCUCCAAGCAUUUUACUUGCAAAAUCAAUUCUUGACAUUUGUAAAGAUUACAAGCUGGCUGGAGACUCAAUUUUGUCACUUUGUGAUGAAAUUAGCAAAUCUCAGCACCUAUCAAGAACUAAUAGAAUUUCAUUGGUUGGUCAGAUCGUUAGAUAUGCAAAAAUAUGUUUCAGCAAAGAUGCAGAAUCUCAUGAAAGGUUAGGUUUAUGUGAUACCAUUCUCUCUCAUGUUGAGAUUUUGAAGCAAAUUAUUUACCAGAAUUGCAAUAUUGGAAGUAUCUCUUUGAGUGAUUUGAGUCAGCAAAAUAGGGCUAGACAAAUUCGUGAUACUCUUAUUCAAUUGGAUCAUUUGAACCUUGCACUUAACGUGGCAACUCGAUGUCAAAUUGAAAGUGAUCCAGUUUGGACUCAGUGGGGCAUUACAUUGCUGACACUUGGCAAGUACAAACAAGCAAGAGAAAAGUUAAAAUAUUGUCAAACAUUAACACCUCAACAAAAGCAGCAGCUCUUAAACAGAAUACUUGCAAUUCUGGAAGGUACUCCUUCGGUAGUAGCCAUUGAUCAAAAGAUGAGUGACAAGCUGAAAGAAGCUGCUAUGGAAUCACUAGCCACAUCCAACUCUCCUUCAAAGAAAAAGAAGAAUGAUGAACCAACCAAUCAAGAUAAACAUGAUCCACAAUCUUCUCUUCAUACUCAUCUUGACGAAGAAAGAAUGAGAGAAGCUCAAUAUUAUAUCAAACAUUUUGGCUCAAGUGAUGUUUAUCUUUCAUUUCUAGUAAGAAAUGGCAAAAUUGACGCUGCAGUGCUGUAUUUAUUUAAAAAACAAAUGCCACAAGGGCUAUUUGUGGAUGUCAUUGUUCAAUACUGUGUCAAACAUGGAUUGAUGUCAUUUUUGCAAAAUGUUAUUCGACAGUAUGACAAUACUUUGAACAAGUGUUAUCCUUACUUGACUGCCACCUGCAAGUUUCUAAACCAAAAUCAAUCUCUUAAUUUAUUAUACGAUUUUCAAGUAUUCAUGGAUGAUAACAUUAGAGCUGGAUUAACUAAAAUUAGACUCUUUCUAAAGAGCGAAGAUCAAACCACUCAAUUGGCCCAUUUAGAUGGUGCAAAAAAACAUUUCAUUCAAGGUUUACAAAAUAUUUCAUCACACGAUUCUAAUGACAUACAACAAAAACAAGUAUUGAAGCCAGAUGAAAUUUCUAGAUACAUCAAAACAAUUAAUCUUCAGAUGGAAGUCACAAAGAAAUUUGGAAAUAUUGUGAGUCCAACCACAAAUACAAGAUUAAGUUUGUUCGACUCGGCCAAAGGAAAGUGUGAAAUUACCGAAUAUCUCAUGACUCAAUCCUUUGAUCUUUCAUUUAGGAUUGCCUCUGAGUAUCAUUUGCCAAUUGUAAAGUUAUAUAUUCGAAUACUGUGUGGACUAGUGCGAAAGAAGCAAAUUCCAAUGAUUGAAAAUCUCCUUAAACAAAUAAGGGGAACUCCGAUAAGCGAUGAAGAUUGGGAUGUUAUCAUUAACAAUAUCAUCAAGUUGUGCAUCAAAGAAAUGAACGACGAAAAGAAUGCUGAAAAAUUCAUUGCUAAAUUGAGAAACGAUUCCAAGAAAGUUAGAGCUUGCCUUCUCUGCAAUAGAUUUAAGGCAGCCUAUCUGAUUGCUGUCAAGUGCAACAAUUUGGACGAUGUGAAAUUGAUCUAUGAUUAUUGCAGUCAAGUUGCCGAUUCAAAAGCAACUUCAACCAUUGCUGAGCAUUGUCUGAAGUAUUUGAAAGAUCAUGGCAUUGUCAUAACCCCUUCCACACCCACCAACAAUGAAUCCACUCAAACUAUUAAAAAAUAA